AUGGCUGUCUUCGUUCAACGCCCAGCACCAGCCUUCACAGCUACUGCAGUUGUAGAGGGUGAAUUUAAAGAGAUCUCCCUUUCUGAUUACCUGAGCCAAUGGGUGGUUCUUUUCUUCUAUCCAAUGGAUUUCACGUUCGUUUGUCCAACUGAGAUCUUGGCUUUCAAUGAUGCGCUUCCUCAAUUCAAAGCGCUGAAUGCAUGCGUUCUCGGUGUUUCCACGGAUUCACAGUAUUCCCACUUUGCAUGGGCGCAACAACCGAGGAAGCAGGGUGGCAUUGGACCCGACCUUAAGCUUCCUUUGAUUGCGGAUAGGAACAUGAAGAUAUCCAAGGACUACGGUGUCCUCAUUGAGGAAGAAGGCAUUGCACUGCGCGGUUUGUUCAUUAUUGACCCAAAGGGUGUCGUGAGGCAAAUCACCAUUAAUGAUCUACCCGUCGGUCGAUCAGUGGACGAAACCAUCCGUCUUCUUCAGGCCUUCCAAUUUGUGGAGGAACAUGGAGAGGUCUGUCCUUUGGGCUGGACUGAGGGUGCUAAAACCAUCAAGCCGGACCCCAAAGGAUCUAUGGAUUACUUCUCGACCGUCGGUGAUGCGGCCACCAAUGGUCAUGUGAACGGGAGUGCCAAGAAACGUCUUCGCACAGAAUAA